AUUGCAGAGCGGAGUCAGAAGUCCUGGCUUCACAUCCCAGCUCUGCCACCAUUAACUGUGGGAUCCUGAUCAAAGUACCUAAAUCUCUCUGGGCAUCGUUUUCCUCAGCUGCAGAGUGAGGAUAGUAACAGUCCUGUUUUGCUGGGGAGAUUGAGCAGAUCAGUGCCUGACCCACUGUAAGAACCCAGUAAGUGGGAGCUUUUCAAAGCUAACAAUGGUUGUCAUAAUUACUGUUUAUACCUAGGAGAUGAUCUAUCCUUUUAGAGAUAGAGGGAAGAAUCUCUGGAGUCUGAGUUUCUAAACUUUCUGUCUAAUGACUUGAGGCUUGUAUGGAUGAGGAAACUGAGGCCUGGAGAGAAAGGGCAAUUUGCCUAGGGUGUGGGACCUGCCCGUCUUAUCCUGGAAGCCUGGCAGGAUUUCCUCUCUCGGUUACAGCUGUUUUUCCUCUUCUCUUCUUUCAUCAAGGUUAAGGUGCUCAAGUUCUGUAGUGCCAGCCUCCUCCCUGGUGGCCACGUUGAGUGGUGUCUAAAACUUGGGCCAGUUAAGUUGGCCUGGCUGGCAGGCCUUGUGACUGCCCUCGAGACCAGGGACUCAUACCCUAGACUGUGGACACUGUGGAGGCUGCAGCCUCCAGAGACCUCCUGCUCAGCCUCCCUGGGCCCCGGGAAGGGGGAGAGGACGGUGGCAGGGAGAGGUGCCCUGGGCUAGAUCUCACUCAAGGUGGGUGACUAGGACACAGAUAGAGAAGAGGCUGGGAACUAGGCUCUGGGGCUGGAUGAUCUGGGUUCCAAUCUCUGAUGGGCCACUUCGUACUUAUGGGACCUUGGGCAAGCUGUUUUUAGUUUCUUCAUCUGUACAAGGGGGAUAAUAAUUGUCCCCAUCUCACAGCAUUUAGAAAGAAAAUGCAGGGAAGGUGCUUAACUACAAGCCCAGUCCAUGUUAGUUAUGGUUAUUGUUGUAGUUGAUGAUGUAGUUAAUGACUAAGAAGCUUAUUUUAAUCCUCCCAACAGCAGUAGGGAGACGGGCAGUGUUACCACCCCCUUUUAGCAGAUACGGUGACUAAGUCCUGGCAAGGCGGACGGCUCGGCCUGGAGAGGUUCAGACUCGGGGGACUGCCAUCGGGGUCUGGUGAUUUCGAGGGUCUGCUCUGGUCGGAUGAAACUGACUUGUGUGAGGCACUGGGAACGAGGAAACAGAGCUGGCCAGGAUGGAAGGGAUUGUGUCUGGAGGUGUGGGGCAGAAUCCUGGUGCUCACGCGGUUGAGCAGUGGUGGGGAGCCGAGGUCUGGUCCGCGAGGCGUAGCUUGGAUUCUCCUCACCUGUGGGCUGACCGAGGACCGGCCUGUCCGGGCAGGUCCGGGCUGUCGGUCGCUGGAGGUUUGCUGUGGUUAUUGCUCAGCCACUGCUGGUUUAUGCUGCGUGCCCAGGCAGAGGCCAGGUGAGGAGAAAUGAGUGUCAUUGCAGGGCCUUCACUCAGGCUGCACCCUCUGCCCAGGUCCCCGCCCUCCUCUCCUCACACCUGGCAGCUCCUGCUUGUGCGUUUACAGGACUGUUAGCAUCACCUGUUCACAGAAGCGCUCCCUGAUUCACCUGCAGAUUAAGUCAGUGGUUCUCAAGGUUGGUCUCUGGAUUAGUAACGUCGGCAUUACCUGGGAACUUAUUAGAAACGCAGAUUAUCUAGCCCCACCCCAGACCUACUAAAUCAGAAACUGGGCGGGGCGGCGGGGGUGAGGAGGAGGACCCAACAAGCUGUUGAAGUUCUUCAGGUGAUUCCAGUGCAUGCUAAACAUCCACAAACACUUGGUUAGGUAAUAAAAAAAAAAAAUUGAUGCUUCUUUCUUUGGGCUCUUAACGUAUUCAGACACCAGCAAAGGUCGGGGACCCAAAGGAAAGCCCAGUUUCUCUCUACCCUGUCUUCAAAGAGCCACCAUCUUAUAACAGCUUCUCCUGCCCAGGAAACAAUCUUGUGCCACAGUGAUGGGGUUCCGUUGAACAGAACCCCAACAUGGUUACAGGAGACAGUGCUGGGGCCACUUAAAGAAGCCUUAGCCCCGGGGGCCCCACCGAGCGAGCGGCAUGCGGCACCCCCAGGCAUGCCCAGCAUCCUUCAGCCCACUGCCCAGCCCCCCCAGGAGGCCCUAACGCCCUGGGGCACUUCUGCUGUGCACAGGACCACGUGGGGGUUUGCCAUGGUGACAUAAAGGGGCGCGGAGGAAGGAAGGAGCGCAACCAGCCGCGGACUGCACCCCUGGCUGGGAGGAAGGGCUGGGGCCCGGAUCCUCCACUGCCACUGCCACUGCCCACUUCGGGCCUUGCUCGCUGAGUCUCUGUGAACUUGUUGGUCGGUGGACAACUUGGGAGUCUUCUCCUGCGUGGGGCCUUGGGGCAGCCGGGGCGGCCGGGCCCCCGGUGGCCGAGGUCUCGGGGGCCAGGAUGCCCGCCCUGGCGCGCCUCCGCAGGCUGUGUCGGCACAUGUCCCCGCAGGCUGUACUUUUCCUGCUGUUCGCCUUCUGCCUGUUCAGCGUUUUUGUCUCGGCCUACUACCUAUAUGGCUGGAAGCGGGGCCUGGAGCCCUCGGUGGACGCCCCCGAGCCUGACUGUGGGGACCCGCCGCCCGUGGCCCCCAGCCGCCUGCUGCCACUCAAGCCCAUACAGGUGGCUGCCCCUUCCCGCACGGACCCGUUGGUGCUGGUGUUCGUGGAGAGCCUCUACUCCCAGCUGGGCCAGGAGGUGGUGGCCAUCCUGGAGUCUAGCCGCUUCAAGUACCGCACAGAGAUUGCACCGGGCAAGGGUGACAUGCCCACACUCACCGACAAGGGCCGCGGCCGCUUCGCCCUCAUCAUCUAUGAGAACAUCCUCAAGUACGUCAACCUGGAUGCCUGGAACAGGGAGCUGCUGGACAAGUAUUGCGUGGCCUACGGCGUGGGCAUCAUUGGCUUCUUCAAGGCCAAUGAGAACAGCCUGCUGAGCGCGCAGCUCAAAGGUUUCCCCCUGUUCCUGCACUCCAACCUGGGCCUGAAGGACUGCAGCAUCAACCCCAAGUCCCCGCUGCUGUACGUGACGCGGCCCAGCGAGGUGGAGAAGGGCGUGCUGCCCGGCGAGGACUGGACCGUAUUCCAGUCGAACCACUCCACCUAUGAACCUGUGCUCCUGGCCAAGACGCGGUCGUCCGAGUCCAUCCCGCACCUGGGCGCGGAUGCCGGCCUUCACGCCGCGCUGCAUGCCACUGUGGUCCAGGACCUGGGCCUUCACGACGGAAUCCAGCGCGUGCUGUUCGGCAACAACCUCAACUUCUGGCUGCACAAGCUCGUCUUCGUCGACGCCGUGGCCUUCCUCACAGGCAAGCGCCUCUCGCUGCCUCUGGACCGCUACAUCCUGGUGGACAUUGACGACAUCUUUGUGGGCAAGGAGGGCACGCGCAUGAAGGUGGAGGACGUGAAGGCCCUAUUUGAUACGCAGAACGAACUACGGACACACAUCCCAAACUUCACUUUCAACCUGGGCUACUCAGGGAAAUUCUUCCACACAGGUACUGAUGCUGAGGACGCGGGGGACGACCUGCUGCUGUCGUACGUGAAGGAGUUUUGGUGGUUCCCCCACAUGUGGAGCCACAUGCAGCCCCACCUUUUCCACAACCAGUCCGUACUGGCUGAGCAGAUGGCCCUGAACAAGAAGUUCGCUGUCGAGCACGGCAUUCCCACAGACAUGGGGUACGCAGUGGCGCCCCACCACUCGGGCGUGUACCCUGUGCACGUGCAGCUGUACGAGGCCUGGAAGCAGGUGUGGAACAUCCGCGUGACCAGCACAGAGGAGUACCCCCACCUGAAGCCAGCCCGCUACCGCCGCGGCUUCAUCCACAACGGCAUCAUGGUCCUCCCGCGGCAGACCUGCGGCCUCUUCACACACACGAUCUUCUACAACGAGUACCCAGGCGGCUCCAGCGAGCUGGACAAGAUCAUCAACGGGGGCGAGCUCUUCCUCACAGUGCUCCUCAACCCUAUUAGCAUCUUCAUGACGCACCUGUCCAACUACGGGAACGACCGCCUGGGCCUGUACACCUUCAAGCACCUGGUGCGUUUCCUGCACUCUUGGACCAACCUCCGGCUGCAGACACUGCCCCCGGUGCAGCUGGCCCAGAAGUACUUCCAGAUCUUCUCUGAGGAGAAGGACCCGCUCUGGCAGGAUCCCUGUGAAGACAAACGCCAUAAAGACAUCUGGUCCAAGGAGAAGACGUGUGACCGCUUCCCAAAGCUCCUCAUCAUUGGCCCCCAGAAAACAGGCACCACGGCCCUCUACCUGUUCCUGGGCAUGCACCCCGACCUCAGCAGCAACUACCCCAGCUCUGAGACCUUUGAGGAGAUCCAGUUUUUUAAUGGCCACAACUAUCACAAAGGCAUCGACUGGUACAUGGAGUUCUUCCCUAUCCCCUCCAACACCACCUCUGACUUCUACUUUGAGAAAAGCGCCAACUACUUUGAUUCGGAAGUGGCUCCCCGGCGGGCGGCUGCCCUGUUACCCAAGGCCAAGGUCUUGACCAUCCUCAUCAACCCAGCAGACCGAGCCUAUUCCUGGUACCAGCACCAGCGAGCCCAUGAUGACCCAGUAGCCCUGAAGUACACCUUCCACGAGGUGAUCACAGCUGCGCCCGAUGCAUCCUUGAAACUGCGCGCCCUCCAGAACCGCUGCCUGGUCCCCGGCUGGUAUGCCACCCACAUUGAGCGCUGGCUCAGCGCCUUUCACGCCAACCAGAUUCUGGUCUUGGAUGGCAAACUGCUGCGAACGGAACCUGCCAAAGUGAUGGACACAGUGCAAAAGUUCCUUGGGGUGACGAACACCAUUGACUACCACAAAACCUUGGCGUUUGAUCCAAAGAAAGGAUUUUGGUGCCAGCUGCUCGAAGGAGGAAAAACCAAGUGUCUAGGCAAAAGCAAGGGCCGGAAAUACCCAGAGAUGGACUUGGAUUCCCGUGCCUUCCUGAAGGACUAUUACCGGGACCACAACAUUGAGCUUUCCAAGCUGCUGUACAAGAUGGGCCAGACACUGCCCACCUGGCUACGGGAGGAGCUCCAGAACACCAGGUAGCCACGGCCACCACAGCCAGACUGAAUGUGACGGCAGGGACGUCCCGCCACACGCUGAGCCAGACUGACCUGCAGAGUGGGGAGCUGGGCCCGGGCUGGCCAAGUACUUACAAGCAAUACUCUGCUGCAGCCCAGGUAGGGCCAGGAGAAGAGCCCAGGCAGGUCCACACGCACCUCAGAGCGUCCAGUGCUGGGUUGGUGGCCUCUAGGACCUCCUUCGCCAACCAGGGUCCAUUCUGCUCAUAGUUUUUCAUGGGGAGGCCACUUCCUGUUGGUGGAAGACCACAAGCUGGUAGGAAGCAGUCCACAGGACUCUGUUUUCCGUCCCUGUGUUCCACCCACCCUACCCUCUCCAUCCCAUCACUCCCUGCUCCAGUAGGGUGUCCACUCAGUAGUAUUUUCCCUGUCCUCCAGACAACGAGGAGAAGAGCCCAGCUGGGGCUUUUGCCAAACCAGGGAGAGAGAUUGGACGUUUCCGUGAUGGUUCAAGCCAGGCUCUUCAGAGGGGUCAGCUGGGAACCCAGAGGUGGUCCCUAGGCUGGGUGUGAGCGUGUCCAGCUCGAGAGAACGCUGGACCUCCACACCCAUUCUGCUUCAUACCUUCCCAUCUCACCUUCCCUCUUUAGAGAAAGAAUCGCUGGUUCCUCCAGUACCCACCCAGUCCUAAAGGCCUCCUUCAGGGCCCUGGGGCACUGCCACGCAUUUGGACCCAGAGACCCAGGCCUCAACCCUACCCCGUUCUUCCCCCUGGGAUAUGACAUGUGUGGUGUUUCCUGUGGUAAAGGACUGAGGCGGUCGUGGAGUCGGCCGUAUACAUGUCCCAGUGUACAUAUGUUGUCCCUAAGCCCCCCUGGCCUUGGCCCCUGGCAGAUGCUGGGCAGACUUGAUGAGACUGCCAUCCCUGCUCUGCGCCAGCUGCCUGUGGCCAAGGGUUUCUAGAGAGCCCCUUAACCUCCCAAAUACUAAGAAGCUAAAGUAUUUUAAUAUUUUUUUUUCUUGGUGCCAGAGUUUAUACCCUGGGUGCUGGGGUCGCACUGUGUUACAUAUAUAUAUAUAACAUGUAUAUAUAUAUAUAUAUAUAUAUAUUAUAUUUUUUUUGGUUGGGUUUGUUUUUAAUUCAGUCGUACAAAAUGGUGGCAGGCCCCAGUCCCAAAGGGCGUCGUAUCUCAGUGCUAGAGAAUGGGAUGGAAGGGGGGGGGGGCGUGUUCAUGUGCGGAGGCCUCAAGGACACAGUAUGGAAGUGCCCCAAAGGGCGUCGUAUCUCAGUGCUAGAGAAUGGGAUGGAAGGGGGGGGGGCGUGUUCAUGUGCGGAGGCCUCAAGGACACAGCAUGGAAGUGCCCUGGGAGAGGGCAAGUGCCAUGGCCGCCCCGGGGCUGCCCCAGGUGAACAGGUGGCGGGAUGCAUAAGGAAGACCUACUCUUUCCAGGAGAUCUGGCUUCAUGAAGCGCGGUGACCCUGGGGCACUUUUGGCCAAAGGAAACAGCCAGGCUGGGGUAGGAGACCCCGGGGCUUAAAGGCUGGCCUGUUCCCCUUCCCCUCACAUGGUGCUAGGUUGGGAGCUGCCCUGGGAGCCACAGAACUGUCUCCAGGCCCCCUGCCGACAAGGGGGGGGGGUCUCUGGGCUAUUUUCUGGUUGGGGCCUGCUCCUACCCACCCCUCCCGCCCCCAUCUUUUAACAAUGUGAAGUGACUAAGGCUGGGGUGCCUUUCCCCAGCCCCUCCCACUGCCAGUUCAGCUUUGAACUGACACCUGGGAAAUCCUUUCUGGAGAGCCUUGUCUUGUUCAGAAGACUCUACCAUGUUGGGGCUGAAGAGUCCUUCAAUGGGUGUGGACACAGGUCCAGAAAUGGGAGGUGGCCUCCGGGGCUGAUGUCACAGAACCGAUUGGGAGCAGGGCCAAGAAUUGAACUCGAGGCUCCCAAUGCCGCGCCCAGUGCUCUUCUUCCAGUGCCACACUGCCUCUGAGCCCGUCCUUGGGACCCUACUCUGUGCCAGGUUGCUGUCCCUCCUUUAGUCACGCCCUUGGUCAUUCCAGGAUAUGGGGACAAACCACUCCUUCCCAGCCAGGGUGCCUUUGAGCCUUCUCAGUUCCAGAUCUGCAUUUGCAUCCCUGUCGUGCUCUCCCCACCUCAAAAGGUUCUUUCCCAGCCUGGGAGCCUGGAUCUUAGUUCCCAGGGUCUCCACUGGGAUGGAGAAGUGGAAUGUCCUACGGGGCCAGCUGCAUCUGGCUCUACUGCCUCCCGAGUGAAGCGUUUCCAUCAUGCUUCUCACUGGGGCCUUAGAACCCGGGAACCCUGGUUGCUGCUAACCCUGCAGGGGAUGAGAAGCAGAGUGUCUGAGGACAGGGUGGCAUGUCUGCGUGUACGCUUGUGAAGACUUACCUGCACCAGGAACCAGACUCCCAGAGCGGGCAGCGGCUUCCAUAGUGCAAAACCUGGGCCUCGCUUCCCGUCUGUCAGCGCGGGGCUCUGCUGCAUGACCCGUGAGGAUGUCACAGCUCCCACCAUCUGAGAUCUUCCCUCUGGGCCUGGACACCUGGGCAGGCUGCCCAGAGCCUGUCCUCGUGGGGCGGGCAGGUCCGCUCCCCUCAUCCUCUGGCCUGAGGAAGAAACAGGCAGGUUUGAGGCCCUGUGGUAGCAGAGGAAAUGCUGGAGACUUUUGUCCAGGCCCUUCUGGGAGGCUGGGGACUUGACCUGUCACAUGUUCUCAGUCUGUCUUGUCACUGCUACUUUUUCCCUUCCCACUAACGAAUCUCUCUCGAGAACCCACUUCCAGGACCGGUAGGUACUGGGGAGGGGAGAGAAGUCCCUCUAGGUUCUCUCAGCUGCUGAGCACACAGAUUUCCCCCCCCCACCACCACCACCACGAGAGGAGAAAACCAGAGGUCAGUGGGUGCAGUAUCCUCAGCAUCUUCCAUGUUACUAAGUCACUGGCCAAAAACAAGAAAAAAACCUCUACCAUCCCUUCUGCCAUCUCCUCCACACACCUGUGCCUCAAGCUCGGUGCAGGUGGGAUGUGCAGCUGCCUCCGUCACUCGGGGCUCUAGAGCUGCCCACAGUGCGGGCAUCUUGCACCUGGAGAAGGAGUCUGAGGUUUAAAGACUGGUCUCUUUCGAGCCCCUACGUAGGAGCAGCCGGUGCCUCUGGGGCCCAGCUGAGGGAGCAGUGGUCUGUUCCCAGUAGAAGAAUACUACUAGGUUGACUCGCAGAGAUUGCUGGUCCCAACAUCGAGCCGUCCCCACAGGUUUGUUAGGAGAAAGAGCAAGUAAAUAAGUAAGUGUUGUACCAAAUAUUUUAUCAUGAGCUCCCACUGCCCACCAUUCAGACUUAAAAUUAGUGUUUUGCCACAUUUUAAUCUUUCCUUCCGUACAAGCAUAUUUUCUCUGAACUAGUUUAAAAGUUGCAAACAGAAGGAGACUCCACCCCAAAUGCUUCAGCCUGCAUCUCCUAAGAGCUAGGACAUUCUCCUACAAUUGGCCCAGUAUCACACCCAGUAUCACAACAGUAAUUUCCCAGCAACAUCUGCUAAUCAACCCAUAUUCACAGUUCUCCCAAAUAACUUACACCUGGUUUUGGAAUCGGGAACUAGUUAAGGUACACAUGUCGCAUCGAACUGUGUUUCCUAAAAUCUCUUUCAAGUCAGUAAACUUUCCCUUCUGCUCACUCUGGUUGUUUGAGUGACAUUAUUUCGGAGGCUAGCAGGCUGCUGUCCUAUAGAAGUCCCACAUGCUGGAUUUGUCUGUUUCUUCACGGUGUCACAGAACAAGUUCCUCUAACCCCUGUAUUGGCAAGGGUGAUUUAGGCUAUGGGGAUUGGUACCUUUUGUGCUGACUUGAAAACUUCAGUCCAUCCUAAGAUGCCCCUCUGCUGUCACCUGUACCAAGUGCCAAGUCAGCAGAGGGGCCUGCCAGAGCUGGAGAGGGCGAGGGAGGAGGCAUCACAGCCGUGCCUGGGAGGGUCUAGAAAGAAGAGGCUGGACCACGCAGUGUGGGCCUGUCGGGAAUGAGACAUCCCGGACUCAGAAGAUCCUGUGCUGCCCCCUUUGCUCCUGGUGAUGGAGCACAGGGCACCAAAGAGCAUCUCUCUUUCUCUCUGUUUUGUGGUCUCUGGGUUUUCAUUUCCUGGAGGCCCAUGGUCUGUGUGCACUGGAGCAGAGCCAGCCCCUGGGAUGCACCAACGAAGGGCUCCGCGGGGGGGCGCUGCCCCACCCAAACUGCGGUUGCAGAGAAGAGCACUGGGCUGGAGGCAGGAGAUGUGAAAUUUUGUCCCAGUUGAGUACACUGAGUAGCUGAGUGACAGUUUUCCUCCCAGGGACUCAAUUUCCCCAUCUAGAAUGAGCAGAUGGGCCUACAGCAUGGAUUUUCAGACAUCAAAGAAGGAAGCAGGUCUGCUGUAGUUGAAGUGAGGAUGGAGGUCCCAGGCCCCCCGCACCGCUGCCCAAGAGGCACUGCUGGGUCCCCAGGGCUGCCUGCCCCCAGAGGCUUUCCCUCGCCAGCUCAGACAGCCAGAGACAUUUUUUAGUUCCCACAAGGGAGAGGCAUGGGCUUUGUGUGGGGUCAAUGUCAAGGGCCUAUGGGGGGACUCUGGCUGUGUUUUAUCCUAAUAAGUUCACCCCUCCCUCUCUCCUUCCUCUCUGUGGCCCUUGAGGAGAAUGAGGGCCGAGAGGGUUUUCUAUGACUGUGCUAGCUUUUAUUAUCAGCAAGAGGGCUCCUUUUGUAAUUUGUGCAUGAAAUUCAUGUCAUUUCCUGGGGAGAGGAGAGGGCUGACUGGAGAGGGUGCGGGGCACAUUAGGGGAGCAGGCAGAGGUUUCCUUCCCUCGUGGGAGUGCGGAGAGGAGUAGAGAGGGGGGCGCUACCCCGCUCACCUGGUCAGGGCUCUCAAACCAGCCGUUUUGGGUUGUGUUAAAAGUGGGAACCUUCCCUCCAUUAAUGUACAAUCUUGAACUAACUGCUAAUAAAGUGGGGUUCUGUUUGUA